AUGGCCAAGUCUCUCAUCGCCAGCCUCCUGCUGGCUUCCCUCGCCCGCGCCUCGGACCCAGCCGCGCUCGAGGAGCUACAAGAGAAGAAAGGCCAAGUUGAGAAGCUACAGCCGUCUCAAUGCCAGAGCGUCCUACCCAUCCUGCCGAAAUUCACCUUUGGGCCUACCAGGACUAUAUUCACGACUACCACUACCCACACGAGCACCGUCGACUGUGGCAUCUGCGAAGACGUCGUCCCGAUGAUCGUGCCCCUCGGUAUCCCCCCGGUUGUGCUCUUCAACGCAACCACGACCGCCAGCACCCCGUUAGUCACAACCGAAUAUGAGUGCGGCUCGGUCCCCGCCCCGUCAACAACGUUCAAAACCGAGAUACACCCUCUCAAGAACCGCCGCGGCCCACCGUCCCCCACCAUCACUUCCAAGGCCUCCCUAGAUGAAAACGUGAAACCCAUCUCAUACUUCGAGCCCGACUAUACAGAGCCCGAGGGCCCUACCACCGUCACCCCGCCCGGCAUCGACAAGCCAGAGUGCACCUCCGCGACGGCGCUCGACGCCGUGGUUGCCAACUCAACCUGGACCUUCUACCCUUCCACCGUGACGUCCACGAGCACGGUGGACUACGGCGAGUGCGCGCUCGAGUGGUCCACGGGGGUCAUAUACUACUUUGCUCCCAUUCGGUACACCGCCACGACCACGGCCGCGACUCCCAGCGUGAAAGUCGAUCUUGCCUGUUCGGCUGUUCCGACGAAAGACUAG